AUGGCUUUCUCUAAUAAGCCUCAUUUCAUAUUGAUAUUUAUGGUCUCAUGUUUCAUUCUUACUCUUUUUGUUUCAGCGUUAGAUGUCUCAAAUGCUGUGGCGGAAGCACCAUCACCAGGAUCAGGCGGUGACGGCUACUUACCUCUAUCAAAAAAGCAUGUCAUAAUCCACAACGUUGUAAAUAACAAGCAAACUCUGAAUGUACAUUGCAAAUCUAGUGAGGAUGACUUGGGGUUGAUCCAUCUCCCUUGGAAUCAAACCUGGGGUUUCCGAUUUCGUGUGAACAUUUGGGAUACUACAAAGUUUGUUUGCAAUUUUACGUGGUAUGGAGGCGGAUCCCACAAUUUUGAUAUAUUUGAUGUAUGGAGAGAUGAUAAUGAAUUUGGACAGACUCCAGUGUGCAGCGUAUGUAUUUGGGAGGUGGGAAGAAACAAUAAAGACAAAGCUAUGUGUCGAAUACCUCGAGAUGGAGCAAACCCUUAUUGUUUCAAGUGGGACAAUAAUUAA